AUGGAAUACACCCGCCUGGGUAACUCUGGACUCAAAAUCUCCAAAGUGAUCUUUGGAUGCAUGUCCUUCGGUACUCCCGAAUGGCAAGAAUGGGUCCUCGACGAAGCAGCAGCUCUACCCCUCCUCAAGCACGCAUACGACGUCGGACUUAAUACCUGGGACACAGCCGACAUAUACUCGAACGGCCAAUCCGAGGAGAUUAUCGGGAAAGCAUUGAAGAAAUAUGAGAUUCCGAGAAACAGGAUUGUGAUUCUGACAAAAUGCUAUUUCGGCGUUGCUGAAGAUGGGACUCAACCUCCGAUUGCGGCGGCGAGUGUGAAUGAUGGCCUCAUGGUCAAUCGAACGGGGUUGAGUAGGAAGCAUAUUUUGGAUGCGGUGGAUCAGAGUGUGAAGAGAUUAGGGACGUAUAUUGAUGUGCUGCAAAUUCAUCGGUUGGAUAGAGAUACACCAAGAGAGGAGAUCAUGAGGGCCUUGAAUGAUGUUGUGGACAGUGGGAAAGUGAGAUAUAUUGGUGCUAGUAGUAUGGCUGCUUGGGAGUUCCAAACUCUGCAAAAUAUUGCAGAUAAGCAUGGAUGGCAUAAAUUCAUCUCGAUGCAGAACUACUACAAUCUACUGUAUCGCGAGGAAGAGCGAGAAAUGAUUCCUUACUGCCGGGACACAGGAGUUGGCUUGGUUCCCUGGUCUCCACUCGCCCGAGGAGCACUUGCACGACCAUUCACAGACCGCUCUACUCUUCGAGAGAAGAGCGACUCAGGGCUUACGAGAUUGAUCCGUUCUAAGGAGUCCGAGAUUGACAAGCAGGUAAAUGAGCGGGUUCAAGAAAUUGCCAAGAAACAUGGAGUCUCCAUGACUACCAUUGCUACUGCAUGGUGUCUAAGCAAGGAUAAAGUCAACCCGAUCAUUGGACUGAGCUCCAAAGAAAGAAUUGAUCAGGCUGUGGAGAGUGUGCAGUUUGCCAGUUCUGGAAAGUUGACAGCAGAGGAUAUCGCAUAUCUCGAGGAGGGCUAUGCACCAAAGGAGUUGAUAGGGCUAUUGACAGGAAGCCAAUCUUAUGCAACACACCGGGGAUAG